CUGCUGUCAAAGUUGUGUCUCGGUUACAUUUUUAAUUUUUUCACAUCACUAAGUAGUUGAAGGAGACAUGAUACAAAAAUUAUAAUGUUGGAUAAAUUAUAGAUAGAAAAUAGUUUUAACGAAUUAAAAGUAAAGUGAACAAUUUGAAUGUAUAUAAACAAAAAAAAAAAAUAAUUAUCAAUAAAAGUAAUAUGUAGAUACAUUUUAAUAAAAUUUAAAAUAUUCCAAAAACAAAAUGGCUGCUGAAAAAUUAUUAUGGUUAUCGAUGCUGUUGAUUCGUCUGUGGCUUGGAGCUGGAGAUCUUUGUUAUGCACAGUCAACGCUGCUUGCCUUCCAAGAUCUUCUACCUGAUGACCCUCGCUUGUAUGACAAAAUGCGACCCCCCAAGAAGGACGACCAGCCCACCAUAGUGAACUUCCAUGUCACUGUCAUGGGACUCGACUCCAUUGACGAAAACUCUAUGACCUACGCUGCUGAUAUAUUCUUUGCUCAAACCUGGAAAGACUUUCGGCUUAGAUUACCGGAAAACAUGACUACUGAAUACAGACUCCUGGAAGUGGACUGGUUGAAACAAAUGUGGCGACCAGAUUCAUUCUUUAAGAAUGCAAAAUCUGUAACAUUCCAAACGAUGACGAUACCUAACCACUACGUAUGGUUAUACAAGGACAAAACCAUCUUGUAUAUGGUGAAGUUGACCUUGAAAUUGAGCUGCGCUAUGAACUUCCUCAUCUAUCCACAUGACACGCAGGAGUGCAAGCUUCAAAUGGAGAGCUUGUCUCAUACAACAGACGACCUCAUUUUUCAAUGGGAUCCAGAAGUUCCCCUGGUGGUCGACGAGAACAUCGAACUGCCCCAACUGGAACUUGUCCAGAACAGAACUGCUGAUUGUACCCAAGUUUAUUCAACUGGUAACUUCACUUGCCUGGAAGUUAUAUUCAAGCUGAAGAGACGUCUGGGCUAUCAUCUGUUCAACACUUAUAUACCUACUUGCCUCAUCGUCAUUAUGUCUUGGGUAUCGUUCUGGAUAAAACCGGAUGCUGCGCCAGCGCGUGUUACACUCGGCGUGACGUCACUUCUCACACUCUCCACGCAACACGCGAAGUCACAGGCGCAACUUCCACCUGUCUCCUAUCUCAAAGCUGUGGACGCUUUUAUGUCUGUGUGCACUGUUUUCGUGUUCAUGGCGUUGAUGGAGUACUGCCUUGUCAACAUUAUCCUGGACGACAGAGCUGCAAAACCGAAGGAACCAGCAGAAGCCGCCAAAGCACGUAUGAGAGCAAUCAGCAUCGACCGCUUCUCUCGCGUCUUCUUCCCCCUGCUCUUCGCGGUCCUCAACCUUACCUACUGGAUCCAGUUCGCACAAUACAUCUGAUUGUCUUAAACGACACUAUGUGUCCUUUAUUCCGAACUUUACGUAGUUAUCUGCUAAUUGCGGUAAUUAUUCGUGAAGAUUUUUGGCUGUACAUUCUCAGGUUCAAUAACUAUCGAGUGAUGUUUUUUUUUUAUGUAAUAAUAUUAAUGUGUAGCUAUUUUAUUAUAGAAAAAAGUGAGUAAGUGAGACGGGUUAUAAUUUCACGGUAUUCAA